AUGUCGAUGGCCAUGAAUUACCCAGAAAUUAUCGGUAUCCCAAUUUUUCUAUACAGUGGUGAAAAGAUCUUUUUUACGGUGCAGCACAUUGCAAGGUUCACAGCACAAUGUGGUGAAGUAGGUCCCAAUCCUUGGUUGAGGAUGAGGUUAUUUUCUAGCUCGCUCACUGUGGCGGCAUUUAAAUGGUAUAAUAAUUUACCAGCCAAUUCUAUUCAGACAUGGGAUGAAAUGGAAGAAGCUUUCCAUACUCAGUUCUACCGAACAGAGACAGAAGCUACGCUAGCAGAUAUAUCUCGAUUAUCUCAAUUACUGAACGAAUCGGUUGAAACUUUUGUGGCCAGGUUCAGGAAAGCUAAACUCAAAUGUCGAGUAAGUUUGCCAGAACCAGAAUAUAUCAAGUUGGCAUUAAAUGGUUUAGAUAUUGAACAUCGCAAAAGGUUUGAUAGGGUUGAAUUCCAAGAUCUCUUCGAUUUAGCAGACAAAACCACUUGGUAUGAGGAGAUACUUAAAAAAGAGAAAGAAAAGAAGAAUUCCUCUAAGGGUACUUACUACAAAGACCCUAAUUAUGAGGUGUUCUCGGUAGAAGUUGGUGAUGAAUUAGAAGUUGACGUUGCUGAGGUCAAUAUCAAGAAGCCAUAUAUCUGUGAGGCAUUGAUCAAACCUAAGCCGACCACGGGGGGCAAUGCAACAUCAACAUCAGCAGUAAGGAAAGAAGCUACCGAUACCGGGAAAAUCUAUUCUUUUGAUUUAUCAAAAAUAGAUUAA